AUGGACCAGCAGGUUGCAAGAGAUGGGCAAAAUUACCUCACGCGCGUCGAUACACCCGUCUCCACGCCGCCUCCCACACCUACACCUGCGACAGCAGCAGCACAAGAUCUUUACCGCGAGAUAAGAAGCAUCUACCAGCAACUCACACCCCUCAAAACCCUAGCACCGUGCGAUCUUGUGAACGCGCUGCUCACGCGCCUCGUUUCACUCUGCAUCCAAUCGUACAGCCUCGAGGUCGUGGACGACUUCUACCAAAUCGACGCAGCCACCACACUAUGCCAUGCCCUCCAAAACCUAUGUGCCAUCGCAGAAGGCGAGCUCGAGCGCCACUGGGCGCAGAAGAUACUCCAGGACGCCGAUCCUAUCCAAACCCGCACCCUCCUCACCUCCUUCCCAUACCACGCAAACUACCUCUCCCUCUCGCACCUCGAGGCCUCCCUUCUCACCCCCUUCCUCAUGCGCCCACCGUCUAACAUUGCUUUCAUCGGCUCUGGUCCCCUUCCUCUGACGUCCCUCUGUCUUCUCACGCGCUUUCCUACUGCAAGAGUGCACAACAUCGACCGCGACGCCAAUGCGCUCGCGGUAUCUUGCGCGCUCACAGCCAAACUGGGACACACAGAGAGGAUGACAUUCUCCUGCGAAGACGCCGCGAAUGCGACUGACGGGUGUGUAGCCUGGGAGACGCUCGAUGUGGUGUUUCUUGCUGCGUUAGUGGGAAUGCAGAGUAGUGAGAAGAUUGGAGUGUUACGGGGGCUGAGGCAAAGGCUGAAAGUGGGUACAGUGGUGGUCUGUAGAAGUGCGAGAGGGAUACGGGGGGUGUUAUAUCCGGUGCUGGAACUCUCUGGAGAGCUGCAGAAUGCGGGGUUCGAGAUUCUGGCAGAGAUGCAUCCGUGGAAUAGCGUCGUGAAUUCGGUGGUUGUACUGAGGGUCAAAGCUUGA